AUGCUGCGGGAUGAAGUAGCAACCCGCCGAGCAGAAAUUACAAAGGACGUUAUCGCCAAACUGGCCGUCGUAUUGCAGAAGAUGGGAGCACCCAUUGUUGACUUGGCAAACUUGAUUGUCGAUGAUCAGGAAAGUCAACAUAGGGAUUCUAAUGCUUUGCUCAAGCCAACACCCGAGACUAUUUCACCCUACUUGGAAUGGGAGAAAUCUUUGGAAAGGUACUUUGAAUACAAAGACAUUCAAGAGGAAGUACAAAAAUACAAGAUUGCCAAGGUGAAAUUGAAGGGCUAUGGUGACGGAUGGUUGCAAGGAGAGCAAAGGGGGCGUACCCUUAGGGGCAAAGCUUCCAUUUCUACUUGGAGCAAGUUGAAGAAACAAGAUUACAUCAACGAGUUUGAUAGGCUUGUUAUUGUGUGUGAGGUUACGGAAAAUAAAGAACUCAAAAUGGGGCGUUUUAUGGCUGAAGCUUGUAAACUUGUGGUCAAAUUUGAUUCGAAAAGGAAGAAAAAGAAGCCCAUUUCCACUCCUCAAGUGGCACGAAAACCACCUUUCCUUACAAAGGAUGGUUCUUCCUUUAUCAAGCCCAAUGACCCACCUAAGAAGGACAAAAAGGAUUUCAAGCUAAGUGACAUCGAUUUUGAAACAGAAGAAGAGGAGACCGAGAAUCCCAAUGAAGAGGAUGGGGAAGAAGAUCAGUGCUUUCAAGAGAUGGAGGACAAAACCAAUCUAGUGGUUAAGAAGGCAUUGCAAGCACGUGUGGAGGAGUCUUUUGCGCCACAAAGGCAACACAUUUUCAUCACCAAAUGCAAGGUUGGUGGCGAGGUAUGUGAUUUAAUUAUAGAUGGGGGUAGUGAGGCAAAUACUGUGUCAAAGACUUUAGUGUCUAGACUUGGUCUUACAACCACUAACCAUCCACAUCCUUACAAGUUGAGUUGGUUAGAUUCAAAUUCUAGUACGGGGGUUAGAAAGCAAUGCAUGGUUAGUUUUUCUAUUGGUUCCUAUCAUGAUAGUCAAUUGUGUGAUGUUGUGUCAAUGGAUGCUUGUCAUAUUCUGCUUGGUAGGCCAUGGCAAACGGAUAGAAAAUCAUUUCAUGAUGGAUACCAUAAUACUUACACUAUAACUCACCAAGGGAAACAAAAAAAAUUACACCCUUUACCACCCCCACGGUUUUCACAAAAACCAUCCCAAGAAAUUUCCUUGUUGUCUUUUAAAGAAUUUGAGAGGGAAGUUGAUGUUGGCGCACAAUUGAUUAAGGAUUUUGAGGAUGUCUUUCCAGAUGAAUUACCUAUUGGGUUACCACCCUUGAGAGGAAUUGAGCAUCAAAUUGAUCUCAUUCCAGGCGCACCUUUACCAAAUAAACCUGCCUAUAGAUGUAACCCUUUAGAAACUAAGGAGUUACAACGUCAAAUAGAAGAGUUGAUGGGCAUGGGUUAUGUGCGAGAGUCUAUGAGUCCGUGUGCUGUUCCUGCUCUUUUGGUUCUAAAAAAAGAUGGUACUUGGCGUAUGUGCAUUGAUAGUAGAGCUGUUAACAAUAUUACUAUCAAAAACAAGUUUCCAAUUCCUAGACUUGAUGACAUGCUUGAUGAGUUAAGUGGUUCGAAGGUGUUCUCAAAAGUUGAUUUGAGAAGUGGUUACCAUCAGAUUCGAAUGAGGGAAGGGGAUGAAUGGAAGACCGCCUUCAAAACAAAGCAUGGGUUGUAUGAAUGGCUCGUGAUGCCGUUUGGUCUUACAAAUGCACCUAGCACUUUCAUGAGAUUGAUGAACGAAGUGUUAAGGCCAUUUCUUGGCAAGUUCGUGGUGGUGUACCUUGAUGAUAUCCUUAUUUACAGUCGAGAUAAGGAUGAACAUUUGAAACAUUUGUUUCAAGUUUUUGCUGUUUUGAGAAAGCAAAAAUUGUAUGGAAAACUUGAAAAAUGUGAUUUUAUGUUAUAUGAGGUCACUUUUCUUGGUUACAUAGUUUCAGGUGAUGGCGUGAAAGUUGAGCCAAGCAAGGUUGAAGCAAUUCAAUCAUGGCCUAGUCCUAAAACACUCACGGAGGUCCGUUCUUUCCAUGGGCUAGCUUCCUUUUACAGCAGGUUCAUUCGGAAUUUUAGUACUCUCAUGGCUCCCAUAACCGAGUGCAAAAAGAAGGGUUCGUUUGAAUGGGCUCCUCAACCUCAAAAGGCGUUUGAAGAAAUCAAAGAAAAGAUGUGCAACACACCUAUCCUAGCACUUCCGGAUUUUUCAAAGCCAUUUGAAGUUGAGUGUGAUGCAAGUGGGAAAGGAAUUGGUGCCGUGUUGAUUCAAGAGGGGCGUCCAAUUGCUUACUUUAGUGAGAAGUUGAGUCAAGAAUUUCUUCAAACAUUUAACUUUUCAUCCAAAUAUAAGAGUGGAAAAGCAAAUGUUGUUGCGGAUGCCUUAUCUAGAAGGCAUAAUUUACUUGGUGUUGUUGAAGCCAAGAUUUUUGGGUUUGAGUUGAUCAAAGAGUACUACAAAGAAGAUGAAGAUUUGAAGACCAUUUUGAAGAAAUGUGUCGAUGGAGUCUAUGAUUUAUUUUCCUUACACGAUGGUUUUCUUUUUAAGGGAAAUAGAUUAUGCAUUCCUAAGUGUCCGAUUCAAAGUUUGUUUAUCCAUGAAACGCAUGGGGGAGGUCUAGCUGGUCACUUUGGUGUUUAA